AGAAGAACAAGACAGGAGGGCUUGUGAGUGCGUCAGAUAUCCUGAGAGAGUUGGCCCAGUUAAAUUUCCCUGCCACAGAUGUCAAACGGUCUUGUUUGCAAAGCCUAGUGUUUAAGUGUGGAUCUGCUAGGCUUCUCUUCUCCUAUCUGGCUGCUCUGCUUUGCUCUACUGCGCUAGAAUCACUGAUGAAGAAGCCUACUAGAACCCUGUGUUGCCAGAGCCCUACCCAGAGACAAGAGAAGAGGGUUGAGAUGCGUCCUGUUUGUGCUCAGCUCCUCUUAGCUGCCAUCUUGUGGUCAAUGCCUUACACUGGAGCUGCUGCUGUGCGGAUCCUAUCCAAAUCCAACUGGACCAACCAUCUCCACCUAACUAGACCUGGCUUCGAGUCAGACCCUGACUCUGACUGGAGUAAUCUGAAUCUUACCAGCAUCAGCGUGCCUCGUAUCCGAAGGAGGCGAGCCAUCUCCUCCAGAGAAAUGAAUUCCUUGUUGGAUUAUCACAACCAUGUCCGCUCCCAGGUCUUCCCUCAGGCUGCCAAUAUGGAGAUCAUGGUGUGGGAUGAGCAACUGGCUAAAUCAGCAGAUUCCUGGGCUUCCCGCUGCAUAUGGGAUCAUGGACCCUCACAGACCAUGAGAUAUAUGGGCCAAAACCUGUCCAUCAACUCUGGCAGAUACUGGUCAAUCAUUGAGCUGGUGAGGUCCUGGCAAGAUGAGAAAAACUCCUUCUCCUAUCCCAACACAUGCAGUGGACCAGUUUGUUCCCACUAUACACAGAUGGUCUGGGCCAAUACCAAUAAGAUGGGAUGUGCCAUCAACAAAUGCUCAAACAUGAAUGUGUACGGGAGCUCUUGGAGGACAGCAGUGUUCCUGGUUUGCAACUACUCUAUCAAAGGKAACUGGGUUGGAGAGGCUCCCUAUAAGAAUGGCAAACCGUGCUCUGCCUGUCCAUCAAAAUAUGGAGGUUCAUGUAACAGAAACCAGUGUUCCUUCAGUGGUUCAAAAGCCAAAGCCAAGAAAAGAAAAAGGUAUUAGAAAUACAUCAGUCAUACUUUCCCUGUUAUAAUGGAAGACUUUUAAGAGUUCAUUGUUUCUGGUCAAUUAUUCCAUUCCAUUCAUCUCAGCAACAAACAACUGCAAGAGAGGGUAAGUGUGAAAGGUGAAGGAUUUCUAAACAUAAAAAACGAAUCAAAGCACAAGACCUGCUUUUUUCAGCGAUUCAAUUAUAGUACCACUAUUUUUGUGUUUAUCAUAAACUGUUUGAUCCAUCCACUGGAUGUUAGGGAAAUAAUGUUUUUCCCCCUCGGUCAUGAUGUUGUGAACUUAAAUCUAUGUAAACUCUUGGGUUUCAAAGCUCCAUUUUCUCGCCAUGACACAGAAAGAACCCAGCUACCAAAAACCAGACAGUACUUCUGUUGUAUUCAUUUGAUUAUGUCCUUUUUUGAAAAUGUUAAGAAGAUGAGUGCAAUGUACACUAUAUACAAAAGUAUGUGGACACCCCUUCAAAA